CUGAUGGACACGAAGUGGGUGACCUCUGAGUUGGCAUGGACAACUCAUCCGGAGACGGGGUGGGAAGAAGUCAGUGGUUACGACGAGGCCAUGAACCCCAUCCGCACGUACCAGGUGUGCAACGUGCGGGAGGCCAACCAGAACAACUGGCUUCGCACCAAGUUCAUCCAGCGCCAGGACGUCCAGCGCGUCUACGUGGAGCUGAAGUUUACCGUGCGGGACUGCAACAGCAUCCCCAACAUCCCCGGCUCCUGCAAAGAGACCUUCAACCUCUUCUAUUACGAGUCGGAUACGGAUUCUGCCUCUGCAAACAGCCCUUUCUGGAUGGAGAACCCCUAUAUCAAAGUGGAUACAAUUGCCCCGGAUGAGAGCUUCUCCAAGCUGGAGUCUGGCCGCGUGAACACCAAGGUGCGCAGCUUUGGCCCUCUCUCCAAGAAUGGCUUUUACCUGGCCUUCCAAGACCUGGGAGCCUGCAUGUCCCUCAUCUCCGUCCGGGCUUUCUACAAGAAAUGCUCCAACACCAUUGCUGGCUUUGCUAUCUUCCCGGAGACUUUGACGGGGGCCGAGCCCACCUCUCUGGUCAUCGCACCAGGCACCUGCAUCCCCAACGCAGUGGAGGUGUCUGUACCCCUGAAGCUGUACUGCAAUGGCGACGGCGAGUGGAUGGUACCCGUGGGAGCGUGUACAUGUGCUGCCGGAUAUGAGCCGACCAUGAAGGAUACCCAGUGCCAAGCAUGUGGCCCGGGAACCUUCAAAUCUAAGCAGGGGGAAGGUCCCUGCUCUCCCUGCCCUCCCAACAGCCGGACCACCUCCGGAGCAGCAACGGUCUGCACGUGUCGAAACAGCUUUUUCCGGGCGGACAUGGACCCCGCAGACAGCGCCUGCACCAGCGUCCCCUCCGCCCCCCGCAGCGUCAUCUCCAACGUGAACGAGACAUCGCUGGUGCUGGAGUGGAGUGAGCCACAGGACACAGGCGGGCGGGACGACCUGCUCUACAACGUCAUCUGCAAGAAGUGCAGCGUGGAGCGGCGCCUGUGCACCCGCUGCGACGACAAUGUGGAGUUCGUGCCACGCCAGCUCGGCCUCACGGAGCGUCGCAUCUACAUCAGCAACCUGAUGGCCCACACCCAGUACACCUUCGAGAUCCAGGCUGUGAAUGGUGUCUCCAACAAGAGCCCUUACCCUCCCCAUUUCGCCUCUGUCAACAUCACCACCAACCAGGCAGCCCCAUCUGCCGUGCCUACGAUGCACCUGCACAGCAGCACCGGGAACAGCAUGACGCUGUCGUGGACUCCCCCGGAGAGACCCAACGGCAUCAUUCUUGACUAUGAGAUCAAGUACUCGGAGAAGGUAAAGCAGGAGGCAGACCAGCCUUUUCCCUCCUUCAGCCCUUCUGGCUGGCCAUCAGCACCAAGGCAAAGGGGGUCCCUGCAGAGAUACCAGAAGAACUCAGUGCGGCUGGACGGGCUGAAAGCCAAUGCUCGGUACAUGGUGCAGGUCCGGGCACGCACGGUGGCUGUCUACGGCCGCUACAGCCUCCCCACAGAAUUUCAGACAACUGCGGAGGAUGGCUCCACGAGCAAGACUUUCCAGGAGCUGCCUCUGAUCGUGGGUUCGGCCACUGCAGGGCUGCUAUUCGUCAUCGUUGUGGUGAUCAUCGCUAUCGUCUGCUUCAGGAAGCAACGCAACAGCACGGACCCCGAGUACACGGAGAAGCUGCAGCAAUACGGUGAGUUCACCCCUGGGAUGAAGGUCUACAUUGACCCGUUCACCUACGAGGACCCCAAUGAAGCUGUUCGGGAAUUCGCCAAAGAGAUUGACAUCUCCUGUGUCAAAAUCGAGGAGGUCAUUGGAGCAGGGGAGUUCGGCGAGGUGUGCCGUGGGCGCCUGAAGCUGCCCGGCCGCCGCGAGAUCUUUGUGGCCAUCAAGACACUGAAGGUAGGCUACACGGAGCGGCAGCGGCGGGACUUCUUGAGCGAGGCCAGCAUCAUGGGCCAGUUUGACCACCCCAACAUCAUCCACCUGGAGGGUGUGGUGACCAAGAGCCGCCCCGUCAUGAUCAUCACGGAGUUCAUGGAGAACUGCGCGCUCGACUCCUUCCUCCGGCUGAACGAUGGGCAGUUCACGGUCAUCCAGCUGGUAGGGAUGCUGCGAGGCAUCGCCGCCGGCAUGAAGUACCUUUCGGAGAUGAACUACGUGCACCGGGAUCUGGCUGCCCGCAACAUUCUGGUCAACAGCAACUUAGUCUGCAAAGUGUCCGACUUUGGGCUCUCUCGCUUUCUGGAGGACGACCCGGCCGACCCCACCUACACCAGCUCCCUGGGGGGCAAGAUCCCGAUCAGAUGGACGGCUCCUGAGGCUAUUGCCUACCGCAAAUUCACUUCAGCCAGCGACGUGUGGAGCUACGGCAUCGUCAUGUGGGAAGUGAUGUCCUACGGGGAGCGACCCUACUGGGACAUGUCCAACCAGGAUGUGAUCAACGCAGUGGAGCAGGAUUACCGCCUGCCACCCCCCAUGGAUUGCCCCACGGCACUGCACCAGCUGAUGCUGGACUGCUGGGUGCGGGACCGCAACCUGCGGCCCAAGUUUGCACAGAUCGUCAACACGCUGGACAAGCUCAUCCGCAAUGCUGCCAGCCUGAAAGUCAUCGCCAGUGUCCAGUCUGGCAUCUCCCAGCCGCUCCUGGACCGCACCGUCCCGGAUUAUACCACCUUCACCACCGUGGGAGACUGGCUGGAUGCCAUCAAAAUGGGACGAUACAAGGAGAAUUUUGUCAAUGCCGGCUUUGCCUCCUUCGACCUGGUGGCGCAGAUGACUGCGGAAGACCUGCUGAGGAUAGGGGUGACGCUAGCAGGGCACCAAAAGAAGAUCCUGAGCAGCAUUCAGGACAUGAGGCUGCAGAUGAACCAGACGCUCCCGGUGCAGGUUUGACCGCAGUGGACUCUGCAUUGGAACGGACCGAGGGAACCUGCCAACCAGGUUCAGUUUGUGGUGCAGCCCGGCUUCCCGUUUCCCCCUUCACACGGCGCUCCUCUGCCUCGGACGGUCGCCUGGGACGGGACGGGACGGGACGAGAUGGGCCGCCCUUCCCUGGAUCAGAGGCACUCGUGCCGAGAGGGAGCCCAGCUUUUCGUCCCGUGUCCUGGAGCGGCGAGGCAGCAACGCAUCUUCAUAUUGAAGAUGGAUUAUGGGACAGAGAUGGCACAUCCCACUUCCCGCCCUGUCUCGGUGCUCAUCGGUUUGAAGAGUUGUUCUGCUUCUUGGAUUUCUUUUCACCCUGUUUUCUCCCCAAGUCCUCACUUCCCAUCCCUCCUCGAGGCCACAGACUGUUGACCCGUCCGCUGAGUCCGUCAGACACGUCCAAAGCCUUCCCUAACUCUGGUCCCCGCGUGGAAGCAGCCGGGGGAGGCCGAACCGGUGACAGGGCCGGGGCCAUCAGCCCCAGACAAUCACUCCUCUCCUCCAGCCCUGGUGGCCCCUCCACCUGAGGGUCUGCACUGGAACGUGUCCGAAGGGAAGGCUUCGCUCCCUUUCUUGGCUUUGCACGCCAGAACCCAAACCCCGUGAGAUUUACUAUGCAGGGAGUUAGGAAAAAAAAAAAAAAAAGAAAAA